AUCUUCUUCUUUGGUUAGUUUGAUUCGUAUUCGAAUAUGAUAAAAUCUUUGGGGGUGUUGUUGUCAGGAAGAGCUCGAGUUAGAGACCGAACGGACAUAAUAGCAGAAGAAUCGGGGGAAAAGUAUUUUUCGACCGGAGCUUCAAAUGGUUCUGAUGUUGUUGUAAGCGUUCCGACAGAAGCUUCUUCAGAUGCGGUUGUAACAGAUCCAGUAGAAGCUUCCGAUGCUUCGGAAUUGGAUCGAACAGAGGAUCCCGUAGAAGGAAUAAAAGGAACAGAAGCUGUAGAAGAAAUGGAAGAAGUUGCUGACAAAGAGGAAGAGGAAGAUGUCGAGAGAAACAUUGAUGCUGAGGAUGAUGAUGAUUCCCAACCACUGCCACCAGAGAAUAUGUUCUUCGGUCCAACUGAGUACAUCAAGGUUCAAAAAGCAGAUUCAAAAGGUGAUGCAAACAUAGAGCAAUUACUGUUAAGGAAUGUUAAUAAUGUGGCAGCUUGUGAGACAUUCCCGUGGGGACGGUACUCAUUUGAGCAGUGUAUGGAAGGGAUCCGGAGAGUAAUGAAGAACAUGAAAGGGUCAGUAAAACCAAAAGCUCAAACAAGCUUUUAUGGAUUCAUUACCCCUCUUGAGAUUCUGGCUUUUGAGUGCAUUCCACAGUUUCGAAGGAGAUUUAGAGAAGCUGUACCCGCAGAGAAUGAUUGUCCGAGAAUGUGCAUGCAUAGGUUCAGUGAUAGAUGCAUGAAGGGCUUUACUUUGGAAGAAAUACAUGAAGCUCUAGGAGAAACUACGGAUAUUUCAAGUAUCUUGGAACCUGAUUUAGAUGAGAGGAAUAUGCUGUCUCGCCUCUUAGUGAAUGAUGUUGAUGAUGGGAUAGGAUUUAUAGACCCAAUAGUUGAUAGCUGGAGAGAGCGGCUUAUCAGACAGAAGAAGAAGAUCUGGUGGGAAAGUCAUUACCAAAUGGAUUUGGAUGCAAGACGCAAUGCUGAUGUCCCUGAAGAAGUUGAUGAUGUUCCUGUUCCAUCUAUCCUCUCAUUACAGGCCGCGAUGGAUAAAGGAUUUGAGAAGAUUGGGGAAAAGCUUGUUGAGAUGGACACCAAAAUCAAUGCUCUGGAUAUGAUAGUUAAGGGGUUAGACAACUAUGUUACAGUUCAGAAAGAGAAAGAGCUAGAGAAGGAACGUUGUGAAGAUAUGUAUCCUGGGUCACCAAAAGAUUUUGUGCCAAAUGUUUAUCAGUCAACACAUCGUCAGAGCAUGGCUUUGGUUAUUCACAGUGGAGUUGCUGACCCAAAACCUCCAAUUAUCCAGCUUUUAUGUGAUGGGGAGCAGGGGUCUGGGGAAGAGCAGGGGUCUGGGAAAGAGCAGGAGACUAAGAAGAAUAAGACGAGGAACCAGAAGCGGAAGCAUUGUGGGCCGACAAUCGAAACUGGGAAAAAGCGAUCAACGAGGGAUUCCAAGUUUAAGGAGGAGCCGUAUACAGCAGAUGGCAAGGGCCAGAAAGGGAAGGGGCAGAAGGGUAAGAGAAGACAAAAGAAAUAGAAUGUGAUUGAUGCUUACUGUUAAUUUCCAUUCCUAGUUGCUUUGCCACCAAAAUACUUUCAUAACUAUUGGUGUUUUUUGUUUUGUCUUGAUGAAACUGUGAAAGGUGAUUUGGGUAAUUUGAGACGCUUUAUUUGAUGUUCAAUUACUUAUGAAGUUUGGGAAUAGGAAUCACAAAAUAGUGUAUAUUACAAUAUAAUGCAGCUGGGCCA